AUGUUUUACGGCAAAGUGAUAAAAGCGGACGAAACGGUAGUUCCAGAAAUUAAGGACGGGUAUUCAGUUAUUCACCUGUCAAGGGCAUGUUUAAACAAUCCACAAGAUGAAGGAAAGUUAUAUGUACAGGUAGAAGAUGCAAAUGGCUGUUAUAAUAUUUGCUGUUUACAGAAAAACGUAUGCGAAGAUACUGCAUUAGAUAUAUUUUUGAUGUUGGAAAAUGAUGUAAAAAUAAAAACAAGUGGAAGUGCAAAUGAAGUACAUAUUGUUGGUUAUUAUGAAGUUUCAUUUGGUCAAGAUAAUUUAGAUGAAGAUGAAGAGGAGUUUGAAGAAGAUGAUGAAUAUGAAAAUGAGGAAGUAAGAAUGUUAACAAAAAAAAAUACAUUAAAAAAUUCACUUUCAAAUGGACUUAAUAAAAAAAAAAAAGAUACAGCAGCUGAUGAAGAUGAUGAAACAAACGUUGGUAAAAAUGAUGAUGAAGAGGAUGAAGAAGAUGACGAUGAUGAUGAAGAUGAUGAAGACGAAGAUGAUGAUGAAGAAGAUGAUGAAGAAGAUGAUGAUGAAGAAGGUGAGGAAGAGGAUGAAGAAGAAGAUGAAGAGGGGGAUGAAGACGAAGACGAAGAAGAAGGGGAUGAAGAUGAGGAAGAGGAAGAAGGAGAUGAAGACGAAGAGGAUGCAGGUACAAAAAAUAAAGGAGAUAAAAAAGAAAAAGGACAAAAAAAGAAUAAAAAUAAAAGAUCUUUAGAUAAUAAAAAUGAUGCACCAUCUAAAAAAACAAAAUUAGGUGAUGAAAGUCAAUUUGAAAAAGAUCUUGUUGCAUUUUUAAAAAAAAAUGGAAAGACUAAAUUAACCGAGUUAGGAAAGGUAAAGAAACCAGAAGGACUCAAAGUUAAAUUAGGUUUCUUUAUUAAAAAGCGUUCAGGCGUUUUUAAAUUUGAUAAUGAUAGCCAAACUGUAUCCUUGAAAUAA